CGGGCCUUAUCUCAAAUCACAUUCUCGCAAAGUGUUCAACUGACAUUUUCCACACAUGCUGAGCAUUCUUGCGGAAAAUAUCUCUCUUUUUUUUUGUCUUUGAAGCGAUUUCCUGCUUCUUUCAUCAUUUCCUGUUCAAGGAACAAAUAACUCAUGGUGUGGCAUUGGUGUGUAAGAGACAUACAGACAGAGAGUGAGAGAGAGAGAGCACGUGAGAGCAAGAGAGAGCGAGAGAUGGAAUCGCUGCCUGUUUAUCAUGGGGCCAUCAGCCGCGACACCUGCGAGAGGCGUCUAUGGGAGACGGGCAAAGAUGGCAGCUACUUAAUCCGAGACAGCGAGAGCGUGCCUGGAGCUUACUGUCUAUGUGUUCUGUGCAAAGGCUUCGUCUACACUUACCGGCUCCAGCAGAACAAUGGAGGCUCCUGGGCGGCGGAGACGGCUCCCGGUCAGCAGAAGCGUUUGUUCCGGAAAGUUAAGAAUUUGAUAAGCGCCUUCGAGAAGCCGGACCAAGGCAUUGCCAUUCCACUGCUCUACCCAGUGACCGUUCAGAAUCACCACAGCGGUCCCGACUUGUCCCAAACGCAGCCUUCAGCCUACUAACAAGUUGCAGUACGUGCAGCAUUCAUUAUGGAUUUUUUACCUCUGGAUGUGCUCAUCAGAAUCACUGACUUUACAAUGACUUUACUUCUGUUCCACUCCUAAUACUGGCAGUCAGGACCGAUCUGAAUCUGAAUCUGAAUCUGAAUCUGAAUCUGAAUCUGUUUCUGUACUUAAUGCUACCGGAGUUUGUGUGUGCGCGUAUCUGCCAUGCAGUUUAAUAUAGUAUAUAUUUUUUUCUAACAA